CUUGUACUUACAACUCUGGAACAUCUUCACCGCGCUACUAUCGUGCCGCUUCGAAAAAUUUUACGGAGGCAUCACUCAUUUCGGUCAAGUUGAGACAGUCGUUAUACUGUCAUUAACGCUGUCACUCGGUACUUACCUGGGUGAACUUGGUUAAAAUUAUACGCGCGCUCACGGGCAGACCUCUCUCGCGAGUUUCAAUCAGCUGGAAUCAUCAUUGAUUAACAUUUAAAUAAAGUGUCUCUACUUUAAAGUAAUAGAGAGGGACGCUACCCCAAAAUAUUAGAAAAAAAUCGAUUUUUUGAAGGAAUAGAUUUUUCUACCAUCUGAAGAUAACGGGAAGUGUAAAAUUUUCGGAAAUAUGGAAAGUGUCGUAAUAAAAAGGAUCAAUUGAAAUAAAGUGCCUUGAUUUUAAAAUACAAAACUACACGAUCAUAAAAUAUUAGAAUAAUUCACAAUUUCGAAAUGAUAGAAAGUGUCAACAUAUUGAAAAUAUAAACGUGUCGCAACAAGAGCAGAACCUUACUGCAACAAAGACGGAAAUUGAGGUUUUGUUGUAAAAAUUAGUGAUCAAAAAUGUACUUCUAUUCCUACUUAAAAUGCUCCGCGCGUGUAUGAAAAAAGGACCUCUUCGCCGGUUAGAAAUUGUGGAGUUGAAAUCGGUCAUACCGCGAAAUAUUAAAUAAUAAAGACUACAGUACAACGUUUGCGCAAAAUUAAAGAGUCUGACAUCUAUUUACGUGUUAAGGUUCAAAAGACGGAAAUACAUCUCGAAUUGGUGUGAAAACAGUUAGUCGAAGCCUUCAUUUUUGCAUAUGACAUCUGAUAUUUUAGAAAAAAUAUACUUUAAUAAUCGCGUGAGGGACCUCUACAGUGCGGGUUUUGGGUCCUUUUUUAGGGUCACUUUUUGCUCCAGUCGGAAUGGCUUGCGAUGAAAAUGGGAGACCAGGGCAUUUUUAGCAGUCAAGAACAAGUAAAAAAUUCCAAAAGGACGUCAAUAAACAAAAUUUCACACUUUGUAACUUUCAGUUAAGCCAAUAGAAUCGAAUUGCAACUUAUAACCGUUCAAUUUCCACGAGAUUUUUCUGAAUUGAGAUCGACUUUUCGUCAAACUAUACACCUUAGGUUGUGCCUAAAUUACUCCGCUCUGCCGUCACUUAUAACUCUGUGUGUGCCAUCCAAGAAAUUCUGUGAUCAAGAAGGCAGUUCUUAUCGUCACUUGGUCUAUCUCAUAGCAAUUUUUGCCUCUUUUUACAUAAUCAGGAAGACCCUGAAAUGUCAGAAGGCGAGGAGGCGCGUCCGGAAGGGCCGAGUGGUGGGGCCCUGAGGGACGUGGAGCUGGGGCGGACCCAAGUGGCGGCGGUGGAGUCGUCCGUGGACGGGAGCUACACCCAGACGACGAACGUGGGCUCCGCCUACGGCUCCAAGGCGCAAUUGGUCGGCGAGCCCACCGGCUUCAGGAAAGUCCUCCACCAACUCAACCUCGAGGCUUUACCCCGGCUGGCCAACUACAGGAGGAGCUUUUCCAAGCGACGACCCUCCAUCGGCGAGCUAUACGGCGAUGCCGCUAAGAACGGGAACGGAGUGGCAAAUGGGGGAACGGGUGAGAAUCAGCUGGCCUUAGUGCCAGCGCAUGCGGGGAUGAAGUUGGGAUGGAUCGAAGGGGUCCUCAUCCCUUGCCUCCUCAACACGUGGGGUGUCAUGCUCUUUCUCAGGUUGUCAUGGGUCACAGGUCAGGCAGGAAUCUGGCAGUCCCAACUCAUCAUCGCCAUCUCGGCUGUUGUCUGCGUCAUCACCUCCCUCUCCCUGGCGGCCAUCACGACAAACGGCGAAGUCAAAGGAGGUGGGAUUUACUUCAUUGUGUCACGGUCACUUGGGGCCGAGUUUGGAGCCUCGGUAGGGGUGAUCUUCGCGUUUGCCAACACGGUGGCCGCCUCCAUGAACACGAUCGGCUUCUGCGAGUCCCUCAACGACCUCCUCCGUCUCCACGACACCAAGAUCAUCGACGGAGGCGUCAACGACAUCCGCCUCGUCGGCGUCAUCGCCAUCUUCGUCAUGGUCCUCAUCUGCGCCGCCGGAAUCGAAUGGGAGUCAAAGGCGCAGAAUGUCUUGAUUGUUUUAAUAAUAGUCGCAAUGGGAGAUUUCUUGAUCGGGGCAAGCUGGGGUCCAAUGAGCGACUUGCAGAUUGCCAGGGGCUUCACGGGUUUUAAAGCACAAACCCUGAUAGACAAUUUUUGGCCGGAUUAUCGUUUCAGCGAGGGACAGGAACAGAACUUUUUCUCAAUAUUUGCAAUUUUCUUUCCAUGUGUUACCGGACUCCAAGCUGGAGCUAAUAUUUCAGGAGAUUUAAAGGACCCUGGCACAGCCAUUCCGAAAGGUACUCUACUCUCUCUCCUGAUUUCGAUGGCAUCCUACUCCCUACUGGCCCUUUACUCUGGUCUCGUCGCAGUGAGGGAUGCAAGCGGUGACGUCACUGAGCUUGCCUCUCGUGAAUAUCUCAACUGCAAAACGCGCCAUUGUGAAUAUGGUCUCAUGAACAGUUAUUCUGUGAUGCAACUGUGCUCGUUGUCAGGUGGGAUUCUCAUCUACAUCGGAUGUUUCGCGGCGACACUAAGCACUGCCCUGACAAAUCUCCUAUCCGUGCCCAGGCUCAUCCAAGCCCUCGGCAACGACCGCAUUUACCCCGGCGUCAUUUUCUUCUCAAAGGCCUACGGCAAAACUGGCGAGCCGUUGAGGGGAUACGUCAUCGUCUUCUUUGCUUCUUCUGCAUUCCUAUUAAUCGCUAAUUUGAACACAAUCGCUCCCUUGAUCUCAAAUUUCUACUUGGCGUCAUAUGCGCUCAUCAACUUUUGCACAUUCCAUGCAGCUUUUGUACAACCUCUUGGCUGGAGACCAAAAUUCCGGUAUUACAACAAAUGGAUCAGCUUUAUUGGGUUUGUGAUAUGCCUGGCAAUUAUGUUGUUGAUAAAUAUAAUAACGACUAUUCUGACCGUCGUCCUUUUCUUCACUCUGUAUUUCACCGUGAUUUACCGAAAUCCAGAUGCAAACUGGGGCUCGUCGACGCAAGCAAACGUCUACAAAACCGCUCUGACGUCCACCCUGAAACUGAACUACGUGAGUGACCAUGUCAAGAACUACCGGCCGCAGAUCUUAUGCUUGAGUGGCAUGCCACAUCAUCGUCCAGCCCUUGUCAAAUUCGCCGACUGCAUCACCAAGAAAUGCUCUUUACUUCUCGCCGUCGAUCUCUCCGAUGACGGAUUGGGGCACAAGCAAAGACUCGCUCGAAUUGAUCAGGGCAACGCUUGGCUUCGGAGCAACAAAAUCAGGGGAUUUUUCAAUGUCGUUCAGAGCGACACCUUCGAAUCAGCCGCCAAGAGCGUCAUUCAGGCCGCAGGGAUCGGGAAACUGAGACCCGAUAUCCUCAUGGUCGGAUUCAAAGAGGACUGGCGGGACUGCCCUUAUGACGAACUUCUCGGUUAUUUCCACACAAUUCAAUUCGCAUUUGAAAACCGGAUGUCCGUGACAGUCCUACGACUGCCGCCUACAUUAAAUAGUAACGGCGGUCACGUGAAUAAAGGGAUGGAUGAGACGGAACUGAUCGAUAAAAACUCGUUCGCUAUCGCCCGGAGUGUAUCUGGCAUUAUUUUACCCUCAGACUCAAAUUAUGACCUGACCAAGGAGGUCGCGUUGACCCCCUCGAACACAGAGGCAACUAUUAAUCUCAGGAACUUGAAUUACUCCAACUCAGGGAUGUCACCCGUUUUAGAGCACCGGCAAAAAGGCACCAUCGAUAUUUGGUGGCUCUACGACGACGGUGGUUUGACUGUUCUCUUGCCUUAUAUUGUCAGCACACGAAAGCGAUGGUCAGAUUGCGAUCUACGAGUUUUUGCACUGACCAAUCAUCAUCAAGAUAUCGCCGCCGAGGAAAGAAACUUGGCAAAUCUACUCAGUAAGUUCCGUAUAGGCUAUUCUAGUUUGAAAAUUUUAAGUGAGUUAGACGGACGACCGCGAAAAGAAACGGUCACUCUGUUUGAAAGUCUCCUUAGCAGCUUUAGGCAUACCGAAAACACUAUAAUCAGAGACGAGGAAAUGAACUUAUUGUCCGAGAAAACAAACAGACUCAUGAAAUUGCAUGAAUUUCUCCAUGCUAACUCCAAAGAUGCUGCUCUAGUCGUCGUAUCUCUGCCAAUCCCACGGAAGGACGUGGUUUCAGCACCUCUGUACAUGGCAUGGCUGGAACUGCUGACGUCAAAUAUGCCUCCUUGUCUGCUAACGCGCGGCAACCACACAGACGUUCUCACUUUUUACUCUUGAAGAGCCUGCCUUAAAUUAGUAGAGGGUUCUGAUACCAGGCGGAGUUGCCUAAUUUUCAACUGUGCCCUUCCUCGAUCGGGCUGAAGAAGAAAAUCACUGUACAUAGAACAUUCGAAUGAAACGAAACUUCUCUGGGUACACUAUCUAACUGUAGGAAGAGUGAGGAGUUGACAAGCGUUUAAAUUUUUCCUCGCGGAAACACGUCAUUCUCUAAAACCACAUUUAUCAAUUGAGAAUUUUUGUGCUUGUGAGGAAAAUAUACUAGGCCAUCAAUCUCGAGAUUUGUGCUGAGGAUACAGUUAGAUUAUAAGAAUAUUCAGUUAAAUUUCCAUUUAUUGACGGUGACAUUCUUCCUGUUUAAAGUGAAAAUUUAAAGAGAAAUUCUGAGGGACUGAAACUGAGAAUGUCGUUUUUGCACCCAAGCCCUCCAUUUCAACGUAUAUAGUAUGAAACAACAGAGCUCUUUUUCUCGCAAAACCACUUAUAAAACCAUCCCAAAGAUCGAAGAGCCUUCGUUGCAGCCAUUGGUUUGUUAUUUAACAUUACAAAUUAUUCAUUUUUAUUAAAUUUUUAUAUUAACAAUCAUUCAUAUUUACCCACAUCUGCGCGCGUGUACCUUUAAGAUAAUGAUUAAUAUUCGUAUUUUAUGUUGGCUAUUGAGCAAUUAAACAACAUUUUGCAACAGAUAAACUACUAUUUUUGGCUCACUCAUGUUAGCAAGCAUCUGAGAAGAGAAACUAACAGCACACAUGGUGUUUCUGAAAUUUGACAGAAAUAGCAGUUUAUCGUAAAAUGUUGUCCAAUUCAUCUGCAGGCAUGACGAAAGAAAAUCAAAAUGUACCAUAUAUGAUUACUGCCUCUAGGAGAAUUUUAUUCAUUAUAAACUGUCAUAAAUUAAGUAGCUCUAUAGAUUUUAUAUAAAGUGGCUUCGUGCACAUAAUAAAUUUACAGGCUGCAGAAAAAUUUUAAUUAUUUUAGAUGAGUAUACAUCGAGUGGUCCCCAGAGUUAUUCAAAACUCUAUCACCAAACCACUUUGACUCACAUCAAGAAGAGCUUGUCUUGACAAGAGCAUUAUGUGCCCCUUUCUGGAAUCACUUUUGGGACACUUUUUAGGCGAGCUCUUUUGUAAAAAGACCCAACAUUUAAGAACCUUAAUCGACUGUGAUGACAGUAUUACUUUUCUACUUGAGAAAAUACGAUUAAAGCUUAGGUAUAAGUUUGAAUUCCUGAAAACCCACCAGUAUUUUGUACAAAUAUAUUUGUGUUGUGUUUUUUAACA